CUGGUUCGAGACCCCGGGCACGUUUCUACAAAUCCUAAGAAAACUCCAAAAAAGACAAAAUAACCCAGAAAUAAAAAUCGCCGUGGAGGCGAGUCGCCGCCGGCACCGCCCGGCACGGCCUUCUUCUCCGGCGAAGGCGGAGCUCGUUACGGGGAUUCCACAUCCGUUAAUCGGUCCCACCGGAUCCCUCGCCGCCUCCCACGGGCCGGGCCGCGCCGUGGCGCGCGCGCAGGCCGAGAUGCGGAAGAGGAUGGAGAGCGACGACGAUCUGAUCGAGGAGGCAAAACUGCGCACCGUCUGGUGGGCGCUCUGCAUCUUCGCCGUCUCCUACUUCCUCACGCGUGAGCACGUCCCCCUCUGUCCCUCUGCUUCCGUGCCUCAUUUGCGACCGAAUUGGUUUUGCGGGUCGUGUGGGCCGCGAGAAGGACGGGUCGGGGCAGAGAUCUGGGUCGAGGAGAACUGGUUGCGCGUGGGCUGAGCAGGGGAUGUGGCGUGGGCGGUGUGCCCCGGGGAUCGGCGUGGCGGCGCUGGCCCUGCUCGCCGUCGCGGCUGCCGCAGGAGCCGCCGCGGGGAUCCCGAUCCCGACGACCUCGAGCGCCCGUAAGUGUCUCCGCUCUGUGACGCCGACGGAAGCAAGGGAGGCCCUGGAUGCCUGGACUUCGACUUCUCGUCUCGCUACUCGUAACCCUCGGUCGCUGCGAUGUCGUCUGCGCGUGAGCACAGAUCUGCCACCCAAAGUUCUGACCCUCCCUGCCCACGUCGCAGCGGGGGAGCCAGUUGCAGCUUUCGCGGGGGAGAUGGGGCUUGCGCAAACCGGGAGGCGGGGGCAUAGAAAAUGGUCUACACUGUUGUCUUAAUAGUUAGUAGAGAUUAUAUGAUGUGAAUACAAAAUAUUGUUGCGAAGAUCCACCUCGGAGACGGAGACGAAAUGCUCACCGAGUCACUGUCCAUGGGAGCAGACAGCAGAGGCGGGUUCUCAUCGGAACGAUCGAACACGACGAGCCACUAGCGAGAGCGAUGCAUGCACCUGACGGUCCUUUGAUGGUGGGCACUCCCACUUGCCCAUACCGACGGUCGAGUCCUCGUCGUGCCGUGUCUACCUGCCGCAUCGGACCCGAGUGCGGAGUGCAGUACUGCAGUGUCAGAGACAGAGUGCUGCCCCCCUUCUCUUUCCUCUCGACUUGCUCCGAGGAUCCCAAGCACGCCGCCCGCGGCGGCCGCGUGCCGUGUGCCGUGCGCGCUGCACCCGGCACUGGCAGACACCCGCUCUUCGACGCGACUCCCCAGUCCCCACUGGGCCACCAGUCCUCCGUCCAUCACUCCAUCCACGAGUCAGCGUCCGCGUCCGCGUCGGCGUGUCCCUCUCCUUCAGAUGCGAGGCCUCCAAGGGCGAACUAGUAGUUGCUUGGAGACUUGCAGUGAAAAGGGCACGCAGAAAAGCGAGCGUCUGGCCGCCCGCACGCCAGGAGCGAUCGACAGAUCGGCUGAUGCGGAGUUAGCACUUAGCAGUCGCCCGCCGCGACCUCAACCUGCACCGGCGCCGCACGCCAAGGGCGGAGACGCCAGAUGAUGAAGGAUGCGAAGUGGCCUCACGCGGUGUCGAGCGCCGGUGGAAGGCGAGGCCCCCCUGCCUCAUCAUCCAACGCGGGGGCGUCGUACACCCUCCUCGCGUCCUCCCCGCCCAGCAGCGUCAGAAACGACGGCUGCUCGCCGCACUACCCUCCCGCCCCUGCGUCCGACGACGACGGGCUCUCCUCGUUCGACGCGUCCGUCGCUGCCGCGAAGCUGCCGUUCCAGCAGCUGCACAGGAACAGGCCCCAACUCGGCGUCGCGGACUGGCUGCCGCUGCAGCGCCAAUCUAGCGGUAGCAGCGUCGGGGGCGACGACGGCGAGGUAUCCUCCACCGUUUCCUUCACCAUCGCCAACGCCGCGGAAUAUAGGUACAAGGGCGACGCGGACCGCGCACCGAGCAGCAGCAGCAAGAGCUGGGCGCAGCAGGCGGAGGAGGCCUACAACCUCCAGCUCGCCCUCGCGCUCCGCCUCUGCUCCGAGGCCUCCGCCGCUGCGGACCCCAACUUCCUCGACUCCUCCAUCGCUGCCGCCGACCACCUCCAGCCCAUUGCAUCGCCUCAAUCCCUCUCCCACCGCUUCUGGGUCAAUGGCUGCUUGUCCUACUCCGACAAGGUCUCGGAUGGUUUCUACUUCAUCCAGGGGAUGGAUCCCUUCAUAUGGACGCUCUGCAACGAUUUGCACGACGGAGGCCGCGUCCCCACUAUUGAGUCCCUCAAGGCUGUCAAUCCCACCGAUUCUGCCAUCGAGGUGGUCAUCGUAGAUAAAGUGGCGGACUAUGACCUGAGGCAGCUGAUAAGCAUGGCCAUUGACGUUUCUCUGAACCGUACCGACUCCAAGGAGAUCGCCACUCGACUCGCUGCCGUUGUGUCCACGAAGAUGGGGGGAUCGGUAGCAGCUACCGAGGAACACGAGUUGGGUCCCCGGUGGAGAGACUCUGUUGGGUUCCUGAAGAUUAGCUCAGGGUCUGUUGUACUUCCCAUCGGAAAGUUAUCAGUUGGCUUUUGUUGCCACCGAGCAUUACUGUUCAAGACCCUGGCGGAUUCCAUCAAUCUGCCCUGUCGCAUUGUGAAGGGAUGCAAGUACUGCAAAGCUGGUGCUGCCACUUCUUGCUUGGUGCGCUUUGGUCAUGACAGGGAAUGUCUAAUUGAUUUAAUUGGGAACCCGGGAUUCUUAUCUGAACCUGACUCCCUCUUGAAUGGACUAUCAUCCAUCUCUGUUUCUUCACCAUUGCGCCCACCAAAACAUGACUCAGCUGAUAAUUCUGAUAAUUUCAAGUUGUUUGCCAAGAAAUAUUUCCUUGAUUGUCAGUCGUUAAAUCUCAUGUUCAGUGAUCCAGCAGCUGGAACGGUUAUCGACUUAGAUGAGGUUAUGGGAUCAAAUCUAGGUCUAAACUCAUCACAUGCAACAAACAGUGAUUGUCAAGCUACCUUUACUCAUCUUAAGGCUGGUACUCGACGCAGUAGUCAAGAUGGGAGUUUUAUAAUGCAGAGGAGUUCCCAAGAGGAUACUCAAUCUGGACUAAGUGAUCCCUUUAGCGAUAUGUCCCUUGAGAUAGAAGACUUGAUUAUCCCAUGGAGUGAGCUUGUUCUGAAAGAGAAAAUUGGUGCAGGUUCUUUUGGUACUGUGCACCGUGCGGAUUGGAAUGGUUCGGAUGUCGCAGUAAAAAUUCUAAUGGAGCAGGACUUCCAUCCAGAGCGUCUCAAAGAAUUUUUGAGAGAGGUUGCAAUUAUGAGAAGUUUGCGACAUCCGAACAUUGUUCUUCUUAUGGGUGCUGUCACUCAGCCACCUAACCUUUCAAUUGUGACUGAAUACCUAUCAAGAGGUAGCUUAUACAGACUUUUACACAGGCAUGCUGCAAGGGAAAAUCUGGAGGAGCGCCGCCGCUUGAGUAUGGCUUUCGACGUGGCAAAAGGGAUGAACUAUCUUCAUAAGCGUAAUCCUCCAAUAGUCCACCGGGAUCUUAAGUCACCAAACCUGUUGGUUGACAAAAAGUACACUGUGAAAGUCUGUGACUUUGGUCUCUCCAGAUUGAAGGCAAACACAUUUCUGUCUUCCAAGACUGCAGCAGGGACUCCUGAGUGGAUGGCACCAGAAGUUCUACGAGACGAGCCCUCAAAUGAGAAGUCUGAUGUUUACAGCUUCGGUGUAAUCUUAUGGGAGCUUAUGACAUUGCAGCAGCCAUGGAGUAAUUUAAAUCCAGCUCAGGUCGUUGCAGCGGUUGGUUUCAAGGGACAAAGGCUUGAGAUCCCAAGCAGCGUUGAUCCGAAAGUGGCGGCAGUAAUCGAGUCCUGCUGGGUCAGGGAGCCCUGGAGACGACCCUCUUUUGCCAGUAUCAUGGAAUCCCUGAAACUUCUCAUCAAGACAUUACCACCCAAUCAGCUCCUCGAAGAAAAUUAGUUACCACCCAAGCAACUUGCAAAUUAUGUCACCUCUAGAGUUUUCUCGAUUUGUUUAGAUCCGAUAUGCGCCAGGCCUCUCAAACCAUUCGUCUUCGGCGCCACGUAUUCCCUGAUGAGAAAUAUUCAAAACUACACCUGUCACAAAAGGGGAAAAACUAUGGUUGGACAAUAAGAUUCAUGAAAAAAAUAUGUGAUCCAAAUUAAGUGUACAUCUCUUUUAUCAAGGAACCAAAUGUAAGUUGGUCAAAUAUAUACAUAUAAGUACUAAUAUUUAUGGAAUAUAUACUUUUACAAUAAAA